CGACUUUCUUUCACAAAAAUGGCGGUCCCUCUCUCUCCAACUUCUCUCACUCUUCACCACAGCUCCAAUCACCGGCCCGUCCAGGUUUUCCGAUCAAAUCGCCACCUGAAUUUCACGAAACUCAGGUGUAGCGGAGAAAGAGACAACUCAACAACCACCGAUUCAUCCACCUCCAGUCAAGGAUCCGAUCCUGGAAAUCUAAUGCUUAAAACCGCUUGGUAUGGCUCCGAGCUUCUCGGAAUUGCUGCCUCGUUUUUCCGUUCGCCGGAGAAGAUCGUUGAAGGAGGCAUCAAGCUUGCUGGAGAUGGAGAUGGUGUAAUUGACCGCUCAGUUAUCGUUGAAACUAUCAAAGGGGAUUUCCAGAGGUCUUAUUUUGUUACAGGUGCUGUUACACUGGAUGCAUACGAAGACGACUGUGAAUUUGCUGAUCCAGCAGGUUCAUUCAGAGGUUUACGUCGAUUCAAAAGAAAUUGUACAAAUUUUGGAUCUCUUAUUCAGAAAUCAAACAUGAAGCUCAUGAAAUGGGAGGAUUAUGAGGAUAAAGGAAUCGGGCAUUGGCGUUUCAGUUGCACCAUGUCGUUUCCAUGGAAACCUAUUCUUUCAGCUACCGGUUACACCGAGUAUUAUCUCAGCAAAGAUUCAGGAAAAGUAUGCAGGCAUGUGGAGCACUGGAAUGUCCCAAAGAUGGCAUUAUUCAAACAACUCCUAAAGCCUAGCAGAGGGUUAUGGGGUAAGAAGGAACUUGGUUGAUUUGUAAAAUCUUGGAUUUGAUUUGAUUCAAAGAUGAUCACUAAUUGUGAUUUUCUUUUUUUUACAUUUUUGAAACAGUCUGAAGAUAGUUAUUAUACCAAAUACCCUUUGGUCUAGCGGUAUGUGAGUCUUUGGCUUCUUAGAAGGUCAGAGGUUCAAAUCUCACCAAA